AAAGUUGGCAACACUAACAUAAACUUCAGUACUGCAAAAACUGCAGUUAUUAUAUUCUUUGCUGCUUGUUUAUCUGCAAACUGCAACUCUAAUGCAAGCUUGUCGAGAAAAACAAAUCUCUAUCUCAAAUUUUGUUUCGUCUUUGUAGAAAUUUAUUGCUAAGUUAGAAUUUGUUUAAUUUACAAAUGGGCAUUGUGUUUUAUAACCUACAGCAACAACAUAAAAAAAGGUGAUUAUUCAAAAUGAAUCAAACAAUAAACGUAGAUCAACUGAAUUCUGCGCUUACUUCUCUCAGGACCCUUCGCUUAAGCGUCAGCCAUGUUUUCGAAACGUUAGCAAAUGGCCUCCGCGCUGACCACGGAGAAGACGGCAAGGAAAAGUUUCUUCUUGAGCUCCAGGAGCUCCUUACUAAUGUUAAUAUCAAUCUACGUGAUUUGGAACAAACUGUCACCGGCCUCCCGAUACCUACAGCGCCAUUCAACUUGGGAAACACGACUUAUCUAAGCCAAGAAACUACUCAAGAGCGGCAGGGAUUAUAUACUCAAUUAGUAAACAGUUACAAAUGGACUGACAAAAUACACGAGUACAGUUCCUUCGCCCACUCGUUACUGAGUCAGAAUUCUUUAAAGCGGUCAUAUAUCAACUCUGGAAGUACGAAAAGACGCGGCAAGUUACAGAGUACUCACAAUGUAUCGCCGCUGCAAGUGGACAAUGUUAUCAACAACAUUGAUAGAUCAUACAAUGACAUGAAAAUCACAAUUUCCCGUCCGUAUGCUAGCAAUGCUGUUGUACAGAUAAAUUUGAGCCAUGUACUGAAGGCUGUGGUCGCUUUCAAGGGAUUAUUGAUGGAGUGGGUUAUGGUGAGAGGUUACAAUGAGACACUGGAGCUGUGGACAGAGUCAAGGCACCAUGUGUUCAGGAAAGUCACAGAGAAUGCCCAUGCAGCAAUGUUACACUUUUAUUCACCAACACUCCCCGAGCUGGCUGUCCGAUCAUUCAUGACAUGGCUACACAGUUAUGUGAACCUAUUUAGUGAACCUUGCAAGAAAUGUGGGUGCCACCUACACCACACAUCAUUGUUGCCUCCCGCCUGGAGGGAUUUCCGUACAUUAGAACCAUUUCAUGACGAGUGCAAGCAAUAGUCAAUGUGGUAUUGAAUGGGCAAGUGCCAUAUAUUCACAAUGACACUAUCUCCUUCAAUAAAGUUAACAUAUACAAAGAUAUUAUUAUUUUUAACAGUAUAUUUCCAUUAUGAAUUAAUAUUCUAUAUAUUUUUUCUAAUUAGUUUAAACAUUUUUCUUAUUUAAGAGUUUCCUCUUAUUGGUGCAGCUAAAUCUUGAUUUCUUUUCCAGCCAGCUCUGUUCCAGGCCAUAUCUUUGGCCUCUCUAUACAACGUGACACCUGUGAAUUUACAGGGUGCAGAGGAGUUACAUGUGAGUCUUCAAAAAUGGUAACAUAUGAGGGUAUCAUGGACGAAACAGUAUACUCUGUUAUAUCCAUGGUACUGCUCAUAUCUAUAGGUGACAGUUACUACUUUCCAUCAGGUGGACUGUCAGCCUGUUUGCCAUUCUAAGUUGCAUAAAAAAAAUACUACUGUUUCCUGUAUUGGUCCCAUAUAUAUAUUUCUGGGUCUUUCCCUUCCUCUUUUGCCCUAUUUUUUUCUUCUAGUAUGCUCUUUAAAGUUGUUGUAUUAGUUGUAAAGUUGUGUUAAUACCUAACAAGACAGUAACAUAGUAAUUUAUACCAAUUAAAAUAAAUUUAUAUAAAAUUUA